GGUGCGGGUCCUGCACAGUACAUACAUACAUGCGUAGAAGUGCUAGCUACAUAGCUAUUGCGGAGGCCCGUGCUUGCUUGCGUACGAUACAAUGCAACGCAAUACAGGGCUUGUCCCUCCUGCCUGCCUAUCGGCUUGAUUGACUGAUUGAUGCUGCUGCUACUAGGUGCGCAUCUGCAUUUGCCGUCUACCCCACCACAUCCCAUCUAUCUAGGCGGGUCGGUAUUCCCAUCCUCCCUCGAGGUAGGCACGAGCGGCUCUGGGCCCGUUUGGCGUUGCGUUUUCUUCCAUUGUUUCUCGGGUUGUCUGGAUCUUUCUUUGUUUGGCGGUGCCGUGUUUUGUUUGCUUUGGUUUGUUUUGCUAGCGCUGCGCUGCGCUGCGCUGCGGCGUUUGUUCCAUGUAGGUAGUCGUCGUCGUCAUGGCGUAGGUAUCCCCAGCCAGUAGAGCACCUAGCCUCCCCAUUCACACACACACACACCCACCCACGCACACAGACAC